AUGGGUCCAUGCAGGGACCUCCAGGGCUCCCCACCCUCUCUGGGGAGGUCCUGGCGGCUCCCACGCUCCUGCUCCAUCUGUCGGGUGCUCCGCACUGAGAGCCAGGCUGACGAGCACCCAUCUUCCUCGGCCACACAUCCACUGCCUGCACGGAGCAGCCCAGCACAGGAGCUCACUGGGUUUUGGGGACAGCGUGGGACAGAUGCCCCAUGUGCUUCCCCGCAGGGUAACUCCGGCCUCGGCUUCAGCAUAGCAGGAGGGAUCGACAACCCCCACAUUCCAGAUGAUCCCGGCAUCUUCAUCACCAAAAUCAUCCCCGGGGGAGCAGCGGCCAUGGAUGGACGUUUGGGGGUAAAUGACUGCGUGCUGCGGGUCAACGACGUGGACGUCUCUGAGGUGGUGCACAGCAAAGCAGUGGAGGCCCUGAAGGAAGCAGGCCCCGUGGUGCGGCUCGUUGUGCGGCGCCGGCAGCCCCCACCGGAGACCAUCAUGGAGGUCAACCUGAUGAAGGGACCCAAAGGGCUGGGCUUCAGCAUCGCAGGGGGCAUUGGGAACCAACACAUCCCCGGGGACAACAGCAUCUACAUCACCAAGAUCAUCGAGGGAGGCGCUGCCCAGAAGGACGGACGCCUGCAGAUUGGGGACCGGCUGCUGGCGGUGAAUAACACCAACCUGCAGGAUGUACGGCACGAGGAGGCGGUGGCUGCGCUGAAGAACACUUCUGAUAUGGUGUACCUGAAAGUGGCCAAGCCUGGCAGCCUGCACCUCAACGACAUGUACGCGCCCCCCGACUACACCAGCACCUUCUCAACCUUGGCUGACAACCACAUAAGCCAUAACUCCAGUCUGGGCUACCUGGGUGGUGUAGAGAGCAAGCCUGCGUACCCUGCCCCCCCACAAGUGACCCCCUCCAGAUAUUCGCCCAUCCCUCGGCACAUGAUCGGGGAUGAAGACUUCACCAGAGAGCCCCGGAAAAUCAUCCUGCACAAAGGCUCCACCGGCCUGGGCUUCAACAUCGUCGGGGGAGAGGACGGAGAGGGCAUCUUCGUGUCUUUCAUCCUAGCCGGAGGCCCCGCCGACCUCAGCGGGGAGUUGCGGAGGGGAGAUCGCAUCCUGUCGGUGAACGGUGUGAACCUCCGUAACGCCACCCACGAGCAGGCGGCGGCGGCGCUGAAGCGGGCGGGGCAGACGGUGACCAUCAUCGCGCAGUACCGGCCCGAAGGUACCGAGGGGGGGAGCCUAAUAUGCAAAUGACCGAGUGUGGGGCGU